UAGUGACGAUUUGAAGCAUAAAUAUGCUGCAACAGUGGCUGCUGUACAUCUGUGCCGGAUUGGCGCUGGCCAUCUUUGUGGGGUUACGAUGGAAAAGGCGCAAAUUUUACGCUGCAGCCGCAACGAUGGAUGGUCCGUGGUCACUGCCAUUCAUUGGUCACAUACAUCACAUAUUCGGAAAGCGUAGUGGAGAAAACAUCCUGCAAGUAAUAGAUCGUUAUGCACCGAGAUAUAAAUCGCCGAUUGGGUUGUGGAUGGGACCUAUACUGAUAGUUGGCAUCAAGGACAAUCCGGAAUAUUUCCAAACGGUACUGAAUUCGCCCCACUUGCUAAACAAAUUGGACCAGUACAAGUUUUUCACCAUCGUGAACGGCUUGUUUGCCGCCCCAGAUCACGCUUGGAAACAGGAACGAAAGCUGCUCAAUCGAUCCUUCAGCCCAUCGAUGCUGUCCAGUUUUGUGGAGAUUUUCAAUGCGAAGGAUUUCAUCAUGGUGGACAAACUGCGGAAAUACGUUGGUAAAGGCGAAAUGAAUCUGCAUCUUCACAUCGCCAAAUGUACUAUUGACUCGAUUUUUGGAACGUCAUUCGGAAAGGAUAUGAACACCCAAGGACACGAUGGAGCCGAUGAUUAUCUGCACAGUCUGGAUACGUUCUUCUCUCUCGUUUUCAAACGAAUGCUCUCGAUUGAACGCUAUCCCCUGUUUCUCUACCGUCUCACGAAGGACUACAAAACGGAGACUAAUUGCAUCAACGCGAUUCGCAACAUGUCCAACGAUCUGAUGCGGCAGCUGAAGCAACAUUCGAAGGAAGCGAAAACCGUGUCCACGGAGGACACGUUGGAGAGGAAACCACCGCAAAAUUUUGUCGAUAAUCUGUACGAUCUGGCUGAAAGCAAUCCAAGUCUUACCGAAGAGCACAUCCAAGAUCAUAUCGAUACCAUGAUAGUCGCGGGUCACGAUACAACCGCAACGACAAUGUCGAACCUAUUGCUCAUGCUGGCGAUGCAUCCGGAGGUGCAGGAAAUGGUGUAUCAAGAGGUGAUGAACACGUGUCCGGAUAAGGAGAAGCCCGUGUCCAUCGAGGAUGCUAACAAUCUCGUUUAUACCGAGAUGGUUUGUAAGGAGACGAUGCGACUAUUCCCGGUCGGUCCGCUGAUAGGCAGGGAGUGUACGGCAGAUGUGAAGCUAGACGAAAAACACACCAUUCCGGCCGGUUGUAGUGUUGUGCUUGGAAUUUACCAUCUGCAUCGAGAUCCUAACAUAUGGGGCCCGAAACCGGAAGAGUUCAAUCCGGACAAUUUCCUUCCGGAGAAGGUUGCCUCUCGCCAUCCCUAUGCCUACCUGCCCUUCAGUGGAGGACCAAGAAACUGCAUUGGCAUCCGAUAUGCCUGGUUAUCUAUGAAAAUUCUCAUCGCCCAUCUAGUGAGAAACUAUCGCUUCAGGACGUCUUUGAAAAUGGAGGACUUGGAAGUGAAUUUUUCAAUAAUCUUACGAAUAACGAAUGGCUGCCUCGUGUCGAUUGAGGCAAGGUAGUGUGGGUUUGAUUGAUCGAUUCAAUUCGUCCAAUUCUGUGCCGAAUCUGCCCUU